AUGGCACUAUCCAGGGGAAAGAGGAUAGUGGAACUGGUGUUGAAAAGAAAAUACCCAGGGUGGUGCAGCAUGAUCGAAAUGAACUUUGAAGAUGCGUACAAGUCCUUUGAGAGACUAAAGGACGAGUCACGGUGGUCCCAGUGCUACUAUGCCUACCUGACCGGAGUGUGCCAGGGAGCCACAGGAGAUCUGGAUAGGGCAAAGACCAUCUUCAAGGACGUCCAGAAGCUCUUCAAGAGGAAGAACAACGAGAUUGAACAGUUCUCUCUGAAGAAGGCAGAGAGACUACGGAAGACUUCUCUCACAGUGGAGCUGUGUACACUGGCUGCCAUUGAGGUUCUGUACCUGUGGAAGGCUUUGCCCAACUGCUCCAUCUCCAAACUGCAGCUCAUGAGCCAAGUAUUACAGGACGUGGAUGACCCCUCACACACAGGCCUAAAAAACCUGCUUCUCGGUGCCAUUCACAAAUGUUUAGGAAAUACAAAGGAUGCCAUACAGUCUUUUCAGCUGGCGGCGAGAGACGAGGCAGGCCGACAGAGCAAUUCCUACGUCCAGCCAUACUCCUGCUAUGAGCUGGGCUGCAUCCUACUGGAGAGUCCUGAGUCAGUGGGGAAAGGAAGAGCACUGUUACUUCAGGCUAAGGAGGAUUAUGCCGGCUAUGAUUUUGAGAACAGACUCCAUGUGCGCAUUCACUCAGCUCUGGCCUCUCUGAAGGAGGUAGUCCCACAGUGACUCUGCCGAAUAUCCCUGACCAUGUCCUCCACCCCAAAUGUGCACCACCACCCCCCCAUGUCUGCACUGUGCAACAACAUAACGACAUACAGGGAGCCUGGCUUUAUUCACCAAAGCCAUCCAAACAGCAGCAUAAAAAAACGCCCUUCACCCAUUUUUGUGCUGUUUACCAUAUAGUUGUCUUACUUGUACUAGUAUGGCAUAUUAUAUUGUUUACCAUAUCUUAAAUCCUCUUUAUGAUUGGUUUCAUUACAUAUUUCGGUAAUUACUGAAUCAGUUGCUUCUGUUUUAAGUUUAUUAAUCAGUGGCUUGGUGCAGCUGUAGAGACCAAGACACCAUACAUUCUUUUGUCCUGUUUCUUCUAACACGGUAAUCCUCCCUGUUGUUUUGUACAACUGUAGUUGUAAUGUAUUUCCAUGAAUGAAAAGAGCAGUGGCAAUGUGUUCUGAUUGGCUACCACCCACUCUCCUCCUCCCCCAAGCUGUACAUGAGAGUGGCAAAUACUGAAUAUGGUCUUAGAUGUCCUCAUCAUGGUUAUACAUUAGCUGAACUAAUGCAUGCAUGUGGUACAAACCUCAUUUGUCCUUUUUUUUGCCAAAUUUAACGUUGGCAAUGGAAGGAGUGGACAGGAAGUGGCUUAGAAAGAGUAAAAUUGAAUUUAAUGUCCAGCAACAAGAAGUAAAGGGCACAGGUCAUGCUUUUAGAGUUCCUAGUUUUUCCCAGUUUUUUGUCAUAAAGCAAAAAAGAUUUAGCAAUUGAUUAUCUGAUGCUAGUAUUUGUUGUGCUGUGGUAAAAUAUAUCCAUAGGUAAGUGCCAAAUGUAAAUCAUGAGUGAGCCGUCGCUUUUGGCUCCUGAAUAUCUUCCCCUCUUUUUUACUAUAUAACCAAAUUGUUCCCGCUAGCACUUUGAAAAACCCAGUAUGAGGGAUUAAAUAGACCACUUAGCAAUAUCAGUGUCAAUAACAGUGUAAAAAACAAACUGUUUACAUAAUAUCUCAUCACAUUUUUGCGGUUUGGAUGUCCAAUCCAUAGCCUUUUUAGUUAGGUUGUGUUACAUGAUUGUCCUUUCCCCUAAUUUUGAAGCUUCUCAUGGUCUUCUCAUGAUCUGCCAGUUAGAUAGUGAACUCAAACACCCUUAUGUCGGUGCUUUAGUAAGAAGAGCAGUGAUAGUCUUCUCAAUCUUGUUUUGGUUUUCUGUUAUUUUUGGAACCACAGUUGUGGUCUGUUUAUCUGGUGAAAAUGGUUUCCCAGCUUUACAGUAGAUCACUCUGAGAGCAGUUGUUAUUAACCCUGUAAUACACCCAAAAACCCAUCAGAUUCCUACAUCUUUGCAUCGCUUCAAACUAACUGGUUUUCAUUGUCUGCACCACAGUACAGCGUUUAACUUUUUAUACACUAAGAAACGACGUUUUUUUCUGUUUUUUUAGAACUCAGUUUACAGAAUCUGGUGCAGACACAAAGCACUGGGCAGACAUCCCAGUCUUUGUGUCACGCAUGGAAUACACCAGAGAAAAUAAAAAUGUCUGACUUCAAA